AUGGCUCCAAACAAUCCUCAACUCCAUUUUGCUGCUACCUUCAACAACCAAGGGUUUUACAAGCCCUCUCGAUACUUUAGAACCAACUGUUCAGCCAGUGUCCUGAAGACUCUUGACCUUCCUUGUGUCGGAUCGUCUGCUGCCACAAAUGAUGACUUUGGAGCCAUCAUAUUUGACUUUGGCUCGGCUAUGGAGUCCCUCACCCAUGAUAUUGGGAAAUACUAUCCUUCCAUGCUCUCUGCAGGACGUCUAGCAGAUCAGUUCAAAGUGCUCCAUUUCUUUAUCACCAGGAUUCUCCUACCUCGUAGUGGUCUUUCUGUUGAUCUUGUCCAUCCUGCUGAUGCAUGGAUUAUGGAAAAUGCUCGUGAUGGCGUCAAACUCAAUUUCUCUACGCUUAUGUUUGCUCAUAUGAUCAACUAUGGCGACGAUAAUUACUCUGGUCCUCUCCCUUUUGGUCCCCAAAUCACUCGCCUACUGUCUCGAGUAGGAAUUGAACUCCGUGAUAAAUUGGUAGUCUGUGAUGUCCGCGAAGAUCUGCGUGCUCAACACAUUAUUACUCGUGUUGAAGCCCAGGUUGGUAGGAGAAAGUCUGCCAUUUGCUCAGGGGGAGUUCCUGCACUCUUGGAGGCUGCAUCUGCAGUACUUGACAGAGAAAUCUCUGCUGUCAAACGCAAGGAACUAGCUAGUUUGGAAUUUCAUUAUGCUCGGAUCAAGAUGGCAAAGAAGUCUGAGCCUUCAAACACUCUGGAGGGAGAAGCACAGGGUAUAUCUGACUAUGAAUCCCCACCAGAAUAUGAUUUCUGA